AAUAUUUCAAAUAAUAUUGCCAGAAUUGUAUACUAAACGCUGCAAACUUACGAAAGUUUGUGGUAUAUUCUCACCGGUGUUUAGUUCAGAAAGAUACACCGUUAUGGUGGAGAUGUUUAUAGCGCAUGAAUGCUCGAAGAUAUGAAAAUUACAGUGUGUUUUGGAACGACCAAAAUUAUCGUUCCUUGUGGAAGUGAACUACCUGUCCGUGAACUUGUACAGCAAGCUAUUGUCCGGUACCGAAAAGUGACAAAUAAACAUACGGAUGACUAUAUACGCGUGCAUUGUUUACAAACAUGUGAUGAGGGAGCCAUUUUAGACGAAGAUGAUACAGUCGGGGAUGUUCUUGAUGAUAAAGACAAGGUAAUCGCGUCUUUUGAAGAGAACCCAAUAACUCGACCGGGGCAUAAUGGUGGUGAUGGAACAAGUACAUCAUCUGUAGGGACUGCAAGCCCUGAUAUAUUUCAAGGAGACACUCGUGGGCCCAUUGAAGGCAUCCCAGUUACCAGCAACCUCCAUUCCAACGACAGACAACCACAGAAGAUACUAGAUGAUUAUAAAAACAAAAAUCCUUUGCAAGUAAAAUACGUAGAAGGCUUCUCACCUCACAGCUCACAUUCAACAUUAACUGGUGAAAGUCAUGAGUCUGCAAGAGAAAAUGGAUGUCGGCAUUUGGAAGGCAGAUCGUCAGGAUCAGAUAUCGAAGGUUAUGAAGGUGUUGUACAUGACAAUGAUGAAACUCAAGUAAAAGAUGAUAUGUCUGCUUUUAAAAGAGAACCUGCAAGAAAGUCUUUGAAAAGUGAUCAUUUGGAUCGAUGGAUUAACAUGCAAGAAUUGUAUUCAGAGUACAAGAGACAUGAACCAACCGGAGCUCCACCAUCACCAGUUGAGAAAUAUACCCUUCCUGAUUCUAAUGCAAGAAUUAACAGACAGAUAUCCCUGACUUUAUCUGAACCUGAGGACUCCGAACAUGUCAAUGUUGUUUUAAAGCCAACUAUGGGGGAAAAUCUUGGAAUUACGGUUCAAGGAUAUAAAACUGCUGAUGAAAGUGAACUUGGUCUCAUUGUGUUUGAAAUUGAUCCUAAAGGCUGCGCUGCCCGGGAUGGUCGUGUCCAGGUAGCUGAUCGCAUUGUGGCUGUAAAUAAUCAAGAUCUCACGAAUGUUAGUAACGAAAGGGCAGAGGAAGCGUUUAGUAAAGCUCUACAGUGUGACACCAUUGAACUAAGUAUUUCAAGAUCUCAUUCCUUUCUACCUGAAAGUCAAUCUUUUCGCGUGAUCUCUGGAAAUGGUACAAGUUCACCGGCUGAGUCCAGCAUUGAUAGAAUAAGUGAUGAAGAUAAAAAUACUUUACCGCCUUUGCCAACCUUCACAUCUCCAGCAUACAAAAAAUCAAGUCAAGAUAAGACUGAUGUCGCAAUCCCAAGAAUUGUUGAGAAGACGAUUGUUAUCGAGUUACAAAAAGGGAGUGAUGGUUUAGGCUUCAGUGUGACAUCACGUGAUAAUCCUGCGGGUGGCGCAUGCCCUAUUUAUGUGAAGAACAUUUUACAAUAUGGUGCCGCAAUACGUGAUGGUCAGUUGCAAGCUGGUGAUCAAAUAUUAGAGGUCAAUGGGACAGAAAUGACUGGAAAAAGCCAAGAGCAAGCUGUCAACGUUCUUCGAAGUACUAAAGGACAAGUAAAACUGUUAGUUCAAAGAAAAGUCACCGUAACAUCUCCUAUCGGCUCUAAGAAACUCAUUAAAGACCUAGAACGAGCUCCAUCAGACAGUCGCGGUAAUAAAAUCCUCACCUACCAGAUACCGCUGCCUGUUUCAGGCACGGCGGGACUGGGCAUCACAGUGAAAGGCAAAUCAAAUAUAUCGGAACAAAAUGAAAGUUCUGGAGAUGAUCUUGGAAUUUUUGUUAAAACAGUUGUACCUGGAGGUGCUGCCCAUCAGGAUGGUCGCAUGCGACCAAACGAUCAAUUGAUUAGUGUUAAUGGCGUCAAACUAACUGGGAUGUCAAACUCGUCAGCAAUGAAAACACUCCGUUCUGCUAUGGAAAAAAAGAUCGUAGGAUCUGUAGAAGUAACUGUGAUACGAAGUGUUCAAGAAAUUUUGGACAACGUGAGUGAACUGGAAACUAUACAGCAAAAAAGAGACACAAGUGAUCGGGCGAUUGACGUUGGAAGGACUGGAAAUGAACGAAUUGAUGUUCCUGACGGAGCAUUAGCAGAUAUCAAAGAGAUUGGGUCAGAUUGUAGCGAUGAGAAAAUCAAUCACCAAGAAACAAAUAUCAAGGAAAAUUCUCGUUCUAAACUUGACGAGCUCAAACCGUCGAACUAUUACGUCAAGCCUGCCUCAGAUGACGAACUGCGCCGUGGUGUGAAACAAAAUAAUAUUUUCAGUGAUAAAGUACGCCAUACUUCACCUCAACGAAGAACUGUUUCAGAUGAUGAAGUAAAACAUCGUUCUACUGACCGUAGAAAUCAAAAUGAAGAGAUGAAGAAGCUUUUUGCUAAACCAGUUCUUAAUGAAAAAACUAGGGAUGUGAUAUCCAGUAGCAAUCGUGCUUUAAAUAGUAAUACUGGUAGUAAAGAUGGAGGCAUAUCAAGUAAUCAUCAUGCUAGCAAUAAAGAUGAAGGAAAAUUGAACAUUAACACUCCAGUAGAAGAUGAAGUCACUGAACUUAGGCCAGGUCGUGGACGAACGGCAAAGUUAGGUAAUGGUAUUCACAGAAAUCCUUCAUAUUAUAUUGCUAUGAAUAGAACUGGACAGCGAACUGAAAGAUUGCCUAAAGCGAAGAAACAUUUGUCCAAGUCACCGUUUUACCAGCCAAAAGACGAAACCCAAAAUAAGCCAGACUCUAGCAAAGAAGAGAAGCCAAAAAUAGUAAUUGCAUCAAUUACGGAUACUGCAAGGGUAUGGAACACCACUCAUCCAAUGGUUAUCACUAAUAGACCAACCAGUACAGUCGCUGAACCAACAUCAGCAUUAAGUACCUCUGCACCAGCAACAAUACCUAGGUCAUCUGAUCACUCACGUGCCAAUCUCUCCCCACCACGUGAGAGCAAACGUCCUCCUACAUCCAUUAAUAUACCUCGAGGUACACCACCUCCACCACCACCUCGAACACAAAGACCAUCACCCUAUACAAAACAGUUUCCUAAUUACUUAUUAGCGACUGCACAAUCUCCUCGGAAAUCUGAUAGUAAUUACUCGGACUAUUCUGAUGGUAGUGAUGUUUCCUCUCAAAGCCCGAGAAAGAACUCAGCGACGGUAAGCUCGGCUAAGGUUGUUUCAGCGACCGAAGUUAGGCCUGAAAAUAAAAACGAAAAGCCGAUUGUAUCCGCUCAGGGCUCGAACGAGUCUAAAAUUGAUGACGUGAUAGAUUACUUGACGGAUGAUGACGAGGAAGGUACUGGGGAUCACUUUGUCCGAGAAGGAAUGGGGCGACAGUCAAUGUCGGAAAAGAGAUUUAAACUAGCACAAGCUGAUAUCACUCAGACGGAGUUUUAUAAACAGAGAGUUACACGGUCAAGAAGUUUAGAAGGCGCAAUCAAGGAAAAUAAUGACCCAGUAGCCCUUCAAACAAAAACUCUGCCCAGGCCUAGCACGACGCCAAUAGAAAAAAGCCGAAGACGGAAAUCUGAUGACUCUAAUGAAAGAUUGAUUGAUUUCAACCCUCCAAUUCCCAAAGAACGCAGUAAGAAAAAUGACAAGGAAUCGCUGACUCUUGGUAGUUUUGAUCCAAAUAGCGUGAGGGGUCAAUGGAGAACAAGUUCUGACGGUGUUGUAAAGAAAUAUGGUCGGCAUGGAAAUUAUGUUAAAGCUUCUCCUUUAGCUUCAAUGCCUAACAACAAUUUUGAAUCAUCAGUUCACCCUGAUGGCUCGCAAGUGAAUAGUGAAGAUGCUAUACCAAUCACAAUGCAAAGCAAUGCUGAUUAUAAUUUAGUACAUCCAAAGGUCAAGAAGAAAUCAAGUGGUUUCAAUCUGAAAAAUUUGGGGGCAGCUCUUAAACCAAAAGCGUACAAAGGUAAAUAUGACAUGCAAUCUCGCCAGGCGCCUGAAUCACCAAGUGAGCCCCCGGUUGAUAUGGAUGAACAGCGUUAUCGUCAGCUAGUACUUGGUGAACCACGAGAGCGAAGUCUCUCUGAAACAUUGUACACACGUUAUGUUUCAGUUAACGAUUCUCCAGAAAGCACUCGCAGUCGAAGAAAGAAAUCGGAACAAGCUGAGAGAAAGAAAUCGGAACGACCAUCACCUACUUCACUACAAGACAUUUUGAAAAAAGGGAGCGGAGAGUACUCAAUUACAGAAUCUGCACAAAUAUAGCCCCUUCUCACUGUCCCAGUUGAUUCUCAUAUCAUAACCAAUUGAGAUAUCCUAUGGAAAUUCACCAAGCGCGUUAUCACAGUUAACAACUACGUGUAAUAAUGACCAGGACUUAAUUCCUCUGAAGUUCUUUCCCCAAACAUGGUACUUUGUGCUAAUAUAGGAAUUUGUUUUCUCGAAAACAUGUCUCUUAAUCUGUUCAAGUCAAAACACGAAUCCCUCUUCAUAAGUCUUAUGUAUAUAAAUAGCAUCUCGUGUCUCUCUCGAUUGCAUCUUUCCGUUUUUCGCCUGAUAGUUAUAUCAUCACUCGUCAUCACAAAGAUUGAUUAGGUUGCCAACUUGACAUUUACCUCUGAUCUGUUCUGAGUUGGAUGUUUAAUUCCCUAACUCUUGGUAUCAAGUACUGAAAAUGGAAGAGUCAAGUGUGGGUUAAAUGUUUUAAAUUGUGUGUUUCGUUCACAAUUAAACUUUUCAUAAAGUACAAUUUUUGUUACUUGGAUGUGAAGAAAUACGACAAACGAAAAUGUCUUAUAACUUGCGGAGAUUAAACAUAAUUUAAAUUCAUUUAUAUUCGAUUUGAAACGUAAAAUAUCUUUAAACGUGUCCGUCUAAUAUUCUUUAUAAUUAUUUGUCUUCGGCCAAGUCAGGAUAUUUCCGUUGUUUAAGUUUCUUCACUCUGAUGCCAAGGAAUGGCAAGAUCUCAGAGCUUUCGUGUUUUAUAAAUAUGCAUUUACAGUGAGAAGUCUUGCUGACUUUGUAAUUUACGAUUUUUAAGCUAUAAGUAAAUAUCUUCUUCGACCAAAUAAACAAUUUUGUAUAUGUACAUUGAUAUUUUAGUUGAUUAAUGUAAUUUUGUAUAAUUAUAUAUGAUAUUAAAUAGGAUAAAGAUAAUAGAAUAUAGCU